GCGUGUGCCUGUUGCGUCAUCAACAUUGCGCACAUUUUCUUGCCGUCUGUGAAGGGCGAAGUGAAUUUACAGGGUACCGGGUAUAUCGGAGUUUUACAGCCGUCUUUAACGCCUGAUCUGAGACUUAAAACAUGAUCAGAAACGGAAGCCAUGCGGUGGAGGAGGAAGACAGGGGAAAGUCGAGCUCCUCCAGCCAGGGAGGGUCAGCCUGCAGCCCGGUGAAGAGGAAGCGGGUGAUCCGGGUGUGGUGUGACGGCUGCUAUGACAUGGUGCACUACGGUCAUUCUAACCAACUGCGGCAGGCCAAAGCAAUGGGAGAUUAUCUCGUAGUUGGAGUUCACACAGAUGAGGAAAUAGCCAAGCACAAGGGUCCUCCGGUGUUCACGCAGGCUGAGCGUUAUAAAAUGAUCCGGGCAAUAAAAUGGGUGGACGAAAUCGUAGAGGGGGCGCCAUACGUCACCACACUGGAAACGCUGGACAAAUACAACUGUGAUUUCUGCGUGCAUGGAGAUGACAUCACCUUGACCGUGGACGGAAAGGAUACUUACGAAGAAGUGAAGAGAAUGGACAGAUACAGGGAGUGCAAACGCACACAGGGAGUGUCAACGACAGACCUGGUGGGUCGUAUGCUCUUGUUGACAAAAGCGCACCACAGUAAUAUUGAUAACACAGCCUACCAACUACACACAGAUAAUUUUGGGAAGGGCCCUACAGGUCAUAGUCCUUGGACUGGCGUCUCUCAGUUCCUUCAAACAUCUCAAAAGAUCAUCCAGUUUGCCUCAGGAAAAGAGCCACAGCCGGGAGACACCAUCAUAUAUGUGGCGGGAGCUUUCGAUCUCUUCCACAUCGGGCAUGUGGAUUUCCUAGAGACCAUUCACAAACAAGCAGAAAAGCCUUACGUCAUUGUCGGACUGCACUUUGACCAGGAAGUGAAUCGCUACAAAGGGAAGAACUACCCCAUCAUGAAUAUUCAUGAGAGAACUUUGAGUGUGCUGGCCUGCCGAUAUGUGUCAGAGGUUGUGAUCGGGGCCCCGUAUGCAGUAGGCAAAGAUCUUCUGGAUAAUUUUAAGGUGGAUUUGGUGUGCCAUGGAAAGACGGAGGUGUUUCCUGAUGCAGACGGUACAGACCCCUAUGCUGAACCGAAAAAACGAGGUAUCUUCCGUGUUCUGGACAGCGGUAACAGUCUCACUACUGACGACAUCGUGCAGAGAAUCAUCGAGAACAGGCUGCAAUUUGAGGCCAGAAACCAGAAGAAAGAAGCUAAGGAGAUGGCCGUUAUUGAGGCUAUGAAGCACCAAGAAGAUUCUGUGAGGACUGAAAUUAGCCAUACAGAACUGUCCAAACUGAACAAAUAGAGGUCUUCGUAGAACCCCAAAAAAUUCCCCAGGACUGUUAAAAAUCGUUUUAAAGCUUGAUUUAAUGGCUGCGGUCUUUUAACAUACAAUGCGUAAAUCAACUGCGAUUCGAUUUAAUCAAAGAUAGCAGAGUAACAAGGAAUUGUUUUUAAAUGUAACGACUUUUGUUUGACAACAUAAGCACUUUGUUUGAGUUUUUAUGAUACCUUUUAAAUGGAUUGACAUAGACUUUCUCUCGGAAUGAGAGAGAAACAUUCAGCAAAUGAUUUGUGUUGCUAAUGAAGUUAAUGGGAAGAUUCAAUGUUUUUUAAAUUUGCGAUCCAUCAAGAAAUGUUUGAUAAAGGAACGCUUUUUUUUUUAAAGUGUUUUUUUAAUGUUAGUAUGCAUACUUGGAACAGUCAAAAAGCUUUUUAGGAUUUUACAUUGGGAUUGGCAGCUGUUUUCUGAAAACACACACAAAAAAAAGAUACUCUAUGUGUUUUCUAGGGGAGUGAAUCGUAUGUAAAUAAGUCCAGGUCACAUUUCCUCCCCCAAUCAAAUGGAAAAAAUUAUUGUGUAAAGAAAAUUAAGCCUUUGUUAAGGUCUGUUAAAUUUGUUUGCAUUGUGACAUUAUUUUAAUGAUAAUUAAGCACAUUAUUGCCCAAAGUCUCAUUACUAUAACAAGUCUGGAUGUUUUAAUUUUUGAGUUUUUGUAAUUCUCAUUUUUCUCAAUAGAGACUUAAUGAUAAUACAGUGAUUUUCCUUUUAUUUAGAUCAGCAUAAAUUAAAGACAGUACAACAAAUAUUACCAUUAUGUACAGCAGUGGUGGGUGUAAUCCAAUUACAAAGUAAUCUAUAGUUACUGUAAUCUAAUUACUUUUAAGUAAAAAAACCUAGUGUAAUGCAUUACAUUUUAAAUUCUUGUAAUCAGAUUACAGUUACUAAUUUUAAUUAAUUAAAUUACUUUUUAGUACAUUAUAAGGUAAUGCUUAUUUCUAAUAUAUUAUUUAUGUAGAAUACAUGAAUUAUGGCCGCGUAACGAGCCAUUAUGAAGGAGAAAUGUGAGAUGUUGAGUGUAUAACAAUGAACAAAAAAGAAAUACAGACAUUAUUUUGAGUUUGUUGAGCGAAAAAGUGUUUUAGAAAGUAAUGCGAAAGUAAAGUAAUUAGUAAUGUGAUUACAUUUCAAUGAAGUAAUUAGUAAAGUAAUCUGAUUACAAUUUUAGAGAAAUCGUUUGUAAUUUGUAGUGGAUUGCUAUUUUUAAGUAACUUACCCGACACUGAUGUACAGUAUAAAUACUUCACUAUAUAAAUAGUUUGGUUUUUUUCGCAUUACAGUAAAAUAUGCUUAAUUGUCACAAUGCAAAAACUGUUAAUUGUCUGAAAAACUGGCUUCUUUUUUUAUUUUGACUUUGGCUGCAAAUUAUUACCUGAACAUGUUCUUUGCAGGUUUCAUGAGAUUCACCAGGGUACUUAUAUUCUAGAGGUGCUGUUGUGGUUUUACUCUUUAAAUUAGAUUUGGGACUAUGACCAAAGUUAACAACUUUUGCCAAAUAUCUUGUCUUGCCAUUAACUUCCCCUACCCUUUUGUGACGUGAUAAAAGUCACAACUAAAGAUUGUUUGACCUUUGACCUCAGGUGAUUUUUAGAUGUCAGAGCAGUUCAACUCUCAGCUAUUUUAAGGUCACACUUCUACUUAUAUGUUACAUAAAUAUUCUUUAUGAAUGUCAGAGUGUAACAUAUGUCAAUAUCAACUAAGAUUAAACCCAGUCAAACUUUUAAAUUUUUUUGCUUAUAUCUUUUAUCUUGUUUUUAUGCAAUUUGAUGUGUGUUGUGCAUUGUAAUUAAUGUCAAGGCACCUUGCAAUUGUAGCACAUGUUUUUUUUUAUUAAAAUUGACUGCACAUUUAGAGUUAAAGGCUGUGAAAAUGUAUGUAACACUAAUUUAAUGUCUCUACAUUGUAGAUUUGAGCAGAAAUGUUGAGUGACCAAUUUUGAAUGUACGUGUUUGAUGCUGAAUGUUGGAGUGUUGUUAAUGUCCUCAGACAAUCUUUAAUUUAAUCUGUUUAAUCUCAUCAGAAACCAUAACUGCAUACUGUAAAUAAUCAAAACACAUUAAAUAAUUGCAAACUAGAUUGCAAUUUACACAAUAAAAAGUAUCAGAACUA